AUUCGCUCUAAAAAACUGUUUCCCUCCAAAGAUGUAAUUUUUUUGAAAAAACCUCCCAUUCAAAAUUUCAAACCCUUAUCUUUGACAAAUCUUCUCCAGCAAUUUUCUUCCUUGUUCAACUUCUGGAUGUCCGCGUAUAUAUAUCUUCAACAAGCUAUUCACCAUCGCUACCUAAAACCACAAGCAAAUUGAACCCUUCUCCCUUUUUUCAUCUACAAACCAUCUUUUCUUCUCAAGUCUCUGCCAUGGCGACUCUCAAAGCUUCCUUUUUGAUCAAAACCCUCGACAGUGACGUCACCGGAGAUUUUCUCUCCGAUCUGGAACGUCGUGGGUCAGGUGCUGUUCAUGUUAUCAUGGGUCCUAUGUUUUCUGGGAAAUCGACCUCUCUCCUUCGCCGAAUCAAGUCAGAGAUCAGCGACGGAAGAAGUGUUGCGAUGCUGAAAUCGAGUAAGGAUACGAGAUACGCAAAAGAUUCGGUGGUGACACAUGAUGGAAUUGGAUUCCCUUGCUGGGCUCUUCCAGAUCUCAUGUCAUUUCCUGAGAAAUUCGGACUAGAUGCUUAUAACAAGCUUGAUGUGAUUGGUAUUGAUGAGGCUCAGUUCUUUGGAGAUCUUUAUGAGUUUUGCUGCAAAGUCGCUGAUGAUGAUGGUAAAAUUGUGAUCGUUGCUGGCCUAGAUGGUGACUAUUUAAGGAGGAGUUUUGGGGCUGUACUUGACAUUAUACCAAUAGCUGAUUCUGUGACUAAGCUAACUGCAAGGUGUGAGGUCUGUGGACAUAAAGCUUUCUUCACUUUAAGAAAGAAUUGUGACACCAGAACUGAGCUUAUUGGUGGAGCUGAUGUCUAUAUGCCUGUUUGUCGCAAGCAUUACAUCACUAAUCAUAUUGUUAUUAAAGCCUCUAAGAAAGUCUUGGAAGAUUCUGACAAGGCUAGAGCUGAAUCCUGUGUUGCUGCUACAAUCUAACUAUAAAUGAUAUGGAACAAGCAACAUAUGUUAUGGUGAAGUUUUCUUUCUUUUUUGGUUGUUUGGUUUCUUUACUGGUCUGGUUUAUCCUUAAUGUUGUCUUUGAAAUACACUUGUGAUGUUCAUUGUAUAUAAAUAUAAGUUUGAUGCUUUCUCUACAGCCUCUGGUCCAUGUUUCAUACUCUUCAUUUUCCAAGACCACUUAGUUUUUCGAGUUGGACUUACAAUGUUGCGUAUGAGAGGUUGUUUUGUGACAGAAGCAUUUCUUUCAUCAGAUCCUGGAUUUGAUACUUGUGGAUUCGCAUUCUUCCAUUGUUGCAUUGCUCUGGUUUAAGAAGCACUGUUUUCUUGAUCCACCUUCAUCACUGAAAGGUAUCUCUAGGGAGCAAACUAUUGAUGCUAGAGGUGUCUCCACUGUUGUGAAUCUCGAAUCACUCUUUGGACCGAGACCAUAGAUCUUGACAUCUACGUCUACUUCAUGCUGCUGUGAAUAUUGAAACUCUUGUUGCAGUCGGUUCUGUCUCCAGAUCUUAAUGUAAGGAUACAUAAACAUUAAU